AUGCUUACCUCGACUAUCUUGGCCACUUACGGCCUUCUCUCACUUGCACUUGCUGCCCCAGCGGUCAAGAUCGAGGAGCGCCAGGCCGCCUGCCAUAGCGUUCACGUCUUCCUUGCCCGUGGCACCAGCGAGCCUUAUCCCGGCCGUCAGAGUUCUGUGGUGUCAGCCAUCUGCAAUGGCAUCAGCAACUGCGGCUACGAGGAUAUCACUUACCCGGCCAGCAUGAGCCCAACGUACUGUGCCUCGGUGUCAGCUGGAGUUACCAGCGGCACUUCCCAGAUCACGGCUUAUGCGAACCGUUGCCCGAAUGCAAAAUUGAUUCUUACUGGGUACUCGCAGGGUGCUCACGUCGUAGGCGAUAUCCUCGGCGGUGGCGGAGGUGACACGGGCUUGGGAUGCUCCACCCCUGUUACCACCGGCCUGAACCCUUCCACCUCGCCCGGAAACAAGAUCCGCGCCGCGCUUCUUUGGGGUGACGUCCGCCACACGGCGAACCAAUCAUACAACUCUGCAUCCGGUGCUGCCUUCAACGGCAUCAACCCCCGCACAGGUACCCAACUCACCUCGCUCAACCGCUUCUCCAACGUUCUCCGUGCCUGGUGCCUAUCCGGCGACAACGUCUGUGCUGGAGGCCGCGACCCCACCGCGCACACUAGCUACUUCAACAUUUUCUCUACCGAAGCAGGUGCUUGGGUCAAGACAAAGCUCUGA